AUGGCAGAUAUAAGGAGUUAUUCGAAAGAAUUCAUAUCAGAGUUCAUUGAAUUAUAUAAAUCAUAUCCAUGUUUAUGGAAAGUAAAAGCAAAAGAGUACAUGGAUCGAAACAAAAAAAAUGAAGCUUACAAAGUGUUAGUGCAAAAACUUCAAGAAGUUGAGAAAAAUGCCACGAAAGAAAUGGUUAAGACUAAAAUUAACAGCCUUCGAUCUAGUUUCCGAAGAGAAUUAAAAAAAAUUAAAGAGUCCAGAAGAUCAGGCGCCGGAGCCGAUGAUGUGUAUGUACCACAUUUAUGGUAUUUUGAACUUCUCUUAUUUGUAAAAGAUCACGAGACCCCUAGACAGUCCGUUAAUAACAUUGAAGAUGUUGGAAACGAAAGUGAAAGUGACAAUCGUCAUUCAGAAAUAGAAAAUGAAGAAGAUCUAGAACUGGAGGUAAGCCUAAAAAUGCAGACAUAUAAAGAUCCUUUAUUAGGAAAUAAGGAAUUGGAAGAAAUCGUAGAAAGUGGUAUACUGUUUGAAGAUAAUUUUGGAAUCGAGAAGGAAAGUCUUUUACAAUAUAAUCAUUCCACAGACCUGAUACAUCCGUCUUCCCAAAUUAUUUCAAAAAGUAUGGAUGUAGAACCUAGUACUUCUUCAAAAAGUCUUGAGGCACAACCGAGUACGUCAAAAUGUAGUAAUGAUUCUCAAAAUAAAAUUGAAGAACGUCCAGCUACUGCAUAUUCAUACAAAUAUGAUCGCCGCAGAUCACUUACUAUAAAAGAAUUAGAAGAGUCCAAUAUGCCAAGAAUAAAUAUAAUUAUGAAUCUUGCUCUUAAAAAUAAAGAGGUGCCAACACACAGCAAUGAUCCAAAACAAAUUUCUCCCAAGAUUACCGCUAUCGAAACGCCUUUAACACCAUGUGGCCAAGCAGUACCUGCAUGUAAUUUAAAUUCAUCUUCGGGACCGUCUACCUCUUUAUUAGUUACUGUACCACUGCAAAAGAUUACAACGUUGUCUCAGGAAGCAUCUUUGCUAUCAAAUACUGCUUCUAAAGUACCUGACGUUCAAGAACAAAGUGCCUGUCCAAAAUCAGCACUAUUGUCGAAAGCAUCAAAAUCACCAACUUCAGAUAUAUCGACUUCUUCAUCAAGUUGUUCAAGCUGUAGCUCAUCAACUUCUUCAUCGUCCAAAACCGAUCCAUUCCUUACUGACGAAGAUGAAGAAUAUUUUCCUUCUCGAGCAGUAAAGGAGCAAGAAGGAAAUAAAUCAUCUAGUUGUGAAUCGACUACCUCUGAACAGAGAGAUAAAGAAAUAUCUCCCAAAAAAAGAAGGAAGGGGCAGAUUUCUAAGAAGAAAAUGACGAAAAUGCUUAGGGAUUCUGGUAAGCAGUAUGUUUCUUUAUCAAAAUCAAGGAAACUCAUUCCUGCUAAAAAAAUGGGUACACCUUGUAGUUUAAAAUGUCGCCUUAAAUGUUCAGGAAACAUAAAUGAAGAUGAGAGAGCAAACAUGUUUGAGAGUUACUGGAAUUUAGCCAGUAUAACAAGACAGAGAGAUUUUAUUGCAGGCUGUAUGCAUGUCAUUUGCCCUAAAUAUCAGUAUAAAAUGACCAAUAGUAAUCGUAAACCUAAACAUGCCUUUUAUUUAACAAUUAAAUUAGUCAAAAUAAGGGUAUGUAAAAUAUUUUUUAAGAAUACUCUUGGGAUUAAUGACAGGCCUAUUAGGACUGUUAUUAACAAAAUUAAUAGUCAAGGUGUUGUUGAACCGGAAAUGCGAGGCAAAUACGGAAAACAAAUAAAGUUGAGCAAAGAAACAUCAGCUGGAAUAAAAGAACACAUCGAUUCAGUACCGCGAAUCGAAAGUCACUAUCUGCGGAAACAAACAUCUCGGGAAUUUGUAGACGGCGGUAAAAAUUUGAUGGAUUUAUAUCGAGACUACAAAGAUGAUUGCUUAAAAAUUGGUCGUGAACCAGCUCAAUUUCAUAGUUAUAGAAAAAUAUUUAAAGAAAAUUAUAAUAUAAGUUUUUUUGUUCCGAAAAAGGACCAGUGUGAGCUUUGCACGUCAUACAGUAACGCCGAUGAGAAUCAAAAGGUUGAACUUCGAGAAAACUAUCAAAAACAUCUUUUAGAGAAAGAAUUGAGUAGAAAAGAGAAAGAAAAUUAUAAAAAAACGGGUCAAUGA